GCGGUGUGCAACAUACCGCUGUCUCUGAAGAUGUCACCCUCAGCUUUACUGGGUUUUAGGUUGGUUUUGACAGAAAAAUACUCCUCCAGAAAGCUGCUAACAUCUUUGACAGAAGUCUGCAGACGAGGUGAGACAAGUUUUUGGUCACUCGGGGGAGGCCCAACAAGCACCGGGGGUCAGCGGUGGAAGACCCGCCGGGCCCCGCGGACCCCUGGACCACUACAACGGGCUGAUCGGGGAUGGGUCGCUGCGGGAGGAUGAGCACCAGAGAGCGGUGAUGCAGACCCUGGACCAGCUCCACAAAACCCUGCGAGGGUACAGCAACACGCCGAUGUCGUUCUUCUCCAAGUUUUUCCCAAAACCAAAAGCUCCAACAGGUUACUAUAUCUACGGUGAUGUUGGCACAGGAAAAACGAUGGUGAUGGACAUGUUUUAUUCAUACGUUGAGACUGAACAUAAAAAGAGAGUUCAUUUCCACGGAUUCAUGUUGGACGUGCAUAAAAGGAUCCAUCGACUGAAACAGAGCAUGCCAAAGAGGAAAGCGGGUAAAAUGGCCAAAUCCUAUGACCCCAUUGCUCCAGUUGCAGAGGAGAUCAGUGAAGAGGCUUGUGUUCUGUGCUUUGAUGAGUUUCAGGUGACUGAUAUCGCGGAUGCCAUGAUUCUCAAGCAGCUCUUUGAGAAUCUGUUUCUGAAGGGUGUGGUUGUUGUGGCCACAUCGAAUCGGCCUCCUGAAGACUUGUAUAAAAAUGGACUGCAGAGAGUGAACUUUGUGCCGUUUAUUGCUGUGUUGCAAAAAUAUUGCCAAACUCUCCGCCUGGAUUCUGGGAUAGAUUACCGUCGAAGGAACAGACCAUCUGCUGGAAAACUCUACUUCCUUUCCAGUGAGCCUGAUGUCGAAGCAACGCUGGACAAGAUGUUUGAUGAGCUGGCUUUUAAGCAGAAUGACAUAACACGACCAAGAACCUUGAAUGUCAACAACAGGAAAGUCCGCCUGAACAAAGCAUGUGGGACCAUAGCAGACUGCACGUUUGAGGAGCUGUGUGACAGACACGGCCGUCAUUCCGACUCGCCCCGUUUGACUGUUACCGUUUCAGCCGUUAGGGGCCAGCGACUACCUGGAGAUGUCGAGGCUGUUCGACACCGUCUUUAUUCGACACAUUCCUCUGCUGACGCUGAACAAGAAAACUCAGGCCAGGCGUCUCAUAACGCUCGUGGACGCCCUCUACGACCACAAGGUAAACCGCCGUUGUUUACAUCCGCACUCGUUCGCCAUUGGUUGGAUAACUGUGUCUCUCUUAAGGUGCGGGUGGUGAUUGUUGCAGAUCAUCCGCUGGAUGAUAUUUUUGUGCACAAUGGUGAGCACGGCCAUGACGAGAGCCACAUUCUGAUGGACGAUCUGGGGCUGAAGAGGGAUGAAGCCAGCAGUCUGUCCAUCUUCAGUGGGGAAGAGGAGAUGUUUGCCUUCCAGAGGACAGUUUCUCGCCUCACGGAGAUGCAGACUGCGGAGUAUUGGUCGGAAGGAGACCGAAGCGCCAAAUCAAAGGUGUAACGCUGUGAAAAGUGGACCGUGUUACACAACCUCCAUGAACUGUACUACUGUCUGCCAAAAGCAACGAACACUACUCCUACUCCCCUUAUCCAGCACCAACCCACAGGACCGCUCAACAGUACGUGUGCAAAUGUUGUACAGGGAAUAUUUAUUGAAAUCUUAAGGACUUUUAUUACUUUAAAGUGACCUUGCACUUUCCGGAUUAUUUUUAAUAUAAAUUUCAGGGUGUCGUAUUGCUUUUAACUCUGUUUUAUGUAGCGGUCCAACAUUAUUUACUUAUAUAAACUUGUGGGAAAGGACUGGACGGCUUUUGAAAGUGGAUUCCCACAGGACUUUUAUGAAGAUUUUAAGGGACAUUAUGAAAAUAUAACGAGUUGUCUAAUGCAAGCCUGAACACAGGGGCAGCAGAUUGAUGGAGAUUUAAAGCUGCGUUUAUAUUCUGAUGAUUUAUUAAAACAUUUCACAUGAUACUGAACAAUUCCAUAUUACUAUCAGCAUUUUCAUUUGGUGGAUGAAAAGAAAACACAACUUGAUUUCAAAAUGUUGUUUGCCUUUUUACAUGAUUAUUUUCUUCAUUUAGGCUCAUUAAUACCCACAUGUACGAACACAACGAAGAAGUAUGAGAUGUGAAAGUGAACCAGUUCAGAAAUUUUCAUGAACCGACAGUUUGUGGUAUUUCUUUUAGUGGAAUCUGCGUUAUUUUGUGUAGGAACCAAAAAUGUAUGACCUUAGUAAAGCGGUUUGUGUUCGAUGCUAUAAUGCCUUCAAAUGUGAAUUAUAUUAUGUAUUUAUUUGAUUAUGCAACAACAAAUCAGCCCAUCGUCUCCGUUGGGUCAACUAGUACACAAAGUACUCUGUUUGGGCGUGUUCGUUUGAUUGAUUUAGCCCAAAUGCCAUUAUACAUACAGCCUCGUUUUUAAGUAUUUUAACAAUGUGAACGAUGAAUAGAUACAUACACAUGAUCCAGUAUUUAUCCAAAAAAUCCCUUUAAAUAAAUAUUUUUUGCACAGGG